AUGGGUGAAAUCACAUGUAUUUUCCCUGAGGCUGCACACUUGGCACUUACUGCAACAGCAACAGACAGAAAGAUAAAUGACCUGUGUAAAAUCCUGCAAUAUCAACAUCUUAAUGUGGUUUCUGCAAAUCCGGAUAGACCAAACAUUUACCUUCAGGUGGAAAAAAGACUGCCUAACAUACAUAAAUUUGAAAAAUUGGAUCAAAUAAUUGGGCCUAUUACAGAAGACCUAAAGACACAGUUAGCAGGAUUCCCUGUCACAAUUGUUUACAUGGGAAGUUUAGAGGCUUUGAGCUAUUGUUAUUACUACAUUUCCUACCAUCUACAAGAUUUACAAUAUCGAGGUGAAAACAUUCCAGAAAAUAGAAUAUUUGGGCAAUACCACAAAGAUUACACUGAUGACAUGAAACGACAUAUUGUCACAGAGUUAACAAAAGAAAAUCCAACACUUAGACUUGUAUUGGCUACAGUGGCUUUGGGCAUGGGAUUGAAUGCACCCUCCAUUUCACAGAUCAUUCACUGUCGAUCACCAUCAGCACUGGAAAGUUACAUGCAGGAAAUUGGACGUGCUGGUAGGAAUGGUCAGCCAAGCAAAGCCCUUCUCUACUACAACAACAGUGACAUAUCAAAGGCUCGCAAUGAUAUUGAAUGUCUGAUGAUAUGA